CAACGCUUGCAAAAACAUGGAGGACAUGCAGUGACUGAUCAGUGACAGAGACGUGAAGGAUUUAAGGAGCAAAUAUACAUCGUCAUCAAGCAGCUAGCUAGCGCUUAUAACCAUCUCCUACGUCCUUCGGAUUCUCCAAAGCCCUUCUGCAUUUAUUACUUUUGAAUUCUUUAAUUUUAUUUCUUCAGGGGAAUCGGCCACUGAUAGAACAAAUCAGCUCUGCAGACCCACUUUCCAGAUAGCCAUAUAUACUACUUUUUUUUCCUGUUUUUCAUCCACUUUAAUUUCUCUUUAUACAUCCAGGCAGACGGAAAUCAAUCAGGUAGAAGUCUGUCUUAUAAACUUAUAUAUAUAUAUAUAUAUAUAGAGAGAGAGAGAGAGAGAGAGAGAGAGAGAGAUCAUCAAUCGAAGAGAUGGGCAUGAAUAUGAUGAAGAAAUGGUUUGAGUGGUCAAAGGUGGUGGUGAGCAUGAUAAUGGUGCAGCUUUUCGCAGCAGGUCUGCAACUGCUCACCAGGGUAAUUCUCAGUCAGGGAACCUUUGUUUUUGCAUAUAUGGCUUACCGCCAUGCUGUUGCUGCGAUUUGUGUUGCUCCUUUUGCUUUCUAUUUCGAAAGGGGGAACGCAAAGAACUUGAGAUGGUCCGUUUGGUUCUGGCUCUUUCUCAGCGCCCUAACCGGGAUAUCAAUGGCUAUGGGACUGUACAACUAUGGUCUUCGAGACACCACGGCAACAUAUGCUACAAACUUCCUCAAUUUAGUUCCAAUAACUACUUUUGCCUUCUCCACAAUUGCAGGUAUAGAGAAAAUGGGACUGAAUACAAGGGCUGGCAAAUUAAAGACAAUGGGGGCAAUUGUAUGUGUAGCAGGAGCACUAACGGCUAGUCUCUACAAAGGAAAAGCUUUCCAUCUUAAUCACCAUUCUCUUCAUGACCCUCAUCUUGUUGUCAAGCCAUCUAAGGCUCAUUGGGUUCGUGGAACUUUCUUGUUGGUUGGCAGUUGCUUUUCCUACGGUGCAUGGUUCAUAAUUCAGGUGAAGUUACUCAAAGUUUUUCCAUCCAAAUUUUGGGCAACACUGCUCACAUGUGUUAUGGCAUCAAUCCAAUCAACAGUGAUAGGAUUGUGCUUUGAUAGAAGUAAGACUUCUUGGAGAUUGGGAUGGAAUCUCGAACUUAUUACAAUUGUUUACUCGGGAGCACUCACCACGGCUGCAACUUUCUGCAUAAUUACAUGGAUAAUUUCAUUGCGAGGCCCCACUUAUCCUGCAAUGUUCAACCCACUUUCACUCAUUUUUGUGGCUUUAUCAGAAGCGAUCAUACUUGGCGAAGCGAUCAGACUCGGAAUCAUUCUAGGCAUGAUUCUGAUUAUUUUUGGGUUGUAUUCCUUCUUGUGGGGCAAAAGAAAGGAGAUAAAAAGUGCAGUGCAAGCAAAUCCCUCCAGUACUGCGGUGAACGGAAGUUAAAGCAGCAGUGGGAAGGCUAGCUAACAUGCUUAGUGAUUCAGAUAUAAAUCAAAUUGAUAAUAUACAGUGCGAAGGUAAUCAGGGCCGGCUUUAUGUUCAAUUCAAAACUGUUGUGUCCAAAAACAAUUACAGAAAGAAAAUUUAUAAAUUGACGUGUCUUAAUAUUAUACGUCAAAUUUAGUUAUGAUGUAGUACAUCUAAUUACGUUAGUU